GCAUCCAGGGGCUGGGAAAGGAGUACAGGGUGCAGAUAAACGUGACAUAACAUUCCUCCCUCUUUUUAAAGAGCUCCUUUAUCUGGACAUGUGCGGAUAGAUCAGGACUUUUCCAUCAGGCUAAAAGACUGGGCUGCUGACACUUUCCUCCCUCCACUGAAGGUAGUUCAGGAUUCCUGGCAGCGACCGCUGUUCGGAGCAUGCAGGGUCAAUGCAGAGAGAGAGAGAGAGAGGUGCCGCAGUAGUAGGAAGACCUUCCCGUUUCCUCUAGCCCCGGGGUUUUGAGGCAGGACUGCGUGCUGCUGGUGCUAGUCGAGAGCCAGUGGGCACAGGCUUCCGGAGGCAACAGGUUAUCCACAGCUGCGUGCUGAGAGAUGGAGGCAGCCGGAGCCCGUCUGCUUCCCUCCAGCCUCUGGUCGCUGCUGCCCAGCAAUAAAUCAGGUGCUGCUGUCCUUUUUCACGGCCGAGAGAAAGCAAAUAAGCCAAGGUGUGUGACUGUGAGCGCGUGUGUGCACAGAAAGGGAGGAGAGGCUAGCAAACAUGGAUUCAAGAUUUUCCUCUCCCCAGUGGCUGUGCAAAGGAAUGAAAGGUCUGCAUCAAGCUGAGGUGGAAGGGUUGCAGGUCACUGUGCCUGAGAAGAAGAAGGUGGCCAUGCUGUUUCAGCCUGCUCUGCUUCGCUGCCAUUUCUCUACUUCUUCCACCCAACCAGCUGUGGUGCAGUGGAGGUACAAAUCUUACUGCCAGGACCGGAUGGGAGAAGCUUUGGGAAUGGUGACCUCUGGGUUACAGACAAUGAGCAAGAGGAACCUGGACUGGGAUCCCUACCUGGACUGUGUGGACAGCAGAAGGACAGUCCGUGUCGUGGCCUCCAAACAGGGAUCUGCCAUCACUAUAGGGGACUUCUAUAAGGAAAGAGACGUCAGCAUUGUCCACGAUGCAGACCUGCAGAUUGGGAAGUUGAUGUGGGGAGACAGUGGGCUCUACUACUGCCUUAUUAUCACACCAGAUGACGUGGAGGGCAAGAAUGAAGAAUCAGUGGAGCUGCUUGUGCUGGGCAGGACAGGGCUGCUUGCUGAUCUCUUGCCCAGUUUUGCUGUGGAGAUUAUGCCAGAGUGGGUCUUUGUGGGCCUGGUGAUCCUGGGGGCGUUCCUGUUCUUCCUCCUGGUGGGGAUCUGCUGGUGCCAGUGCUGCCCACACAGCUGCUGCUGUUACGUCCGCUGCCCCUGCUGUCCUGAGUCCUGCUGCUGUCCCCGGGCACUGUAUGUAGCAGGCAAAGCAGCAAAAGCUGGGUACCCUCCUCCAGUCUCUGCCAUGCCAGGUCCAUACUACAUCCCCAGCGUUCCUGUAGCUGGUGUCCCAUCUCCUGCUGUGCUGAUGGAUAAGUCGCACCCCCCUCCCUUAGCCCCAAGUGACGCCAGUGGAGGAAGCCAGAAUGCGGUGCGCAAAGGGUACAGGAUCCAGGCUGACAAGGACAGGGACUCCAUGAAGGUGCUGUACUAUGUCGAGAAAGAACUGGCUCAAUUUGACCCAGCCAGGAGGAUGCGAGAACGAUAUAACAACACCGUGUCUGAGCUCAGCUCUCUGCACGAGGAGGACCUGAACUUCCGCCAGCCCUACCGGCAGUCGCGGAGGAAACCCCUGCCUCCCGCGGGGGACAUGGACGGGGACGCGGAAUACUGGGCGGGAGUCAUCGGCGGGGGCAGCACGUCCAGGUCUCAGGCUGUCUCUGAUUACAGAGAUGAGAGGGACAGUUACUGGCACAGCCAGCAGAGAUCCAAGUCUGAGAUGCUGUCCCGUAAGAGCUUCUCCGUGGGAGUGCCGGCUGUGUCCAUGGACGAGCUGGCAGCCUUUGCAGAGUCCUACAGCCAGCGGCCCCGGCGGGCGGACAGCCAGGAGACGCGGCGCUUCGAGCGGUCGGAGUCGCACGGCGGCCGCAGCGGGGGGCUGCCCCACCAGGACAGCUCCAUGGAGGAGUACUACUCCAAGCGCAGCAGAGGGAAUCGGGAGCCGCUGACGGACUCGGAUCGGGGCUGGUCGUACACCCCGCCCCGGAGACGGGCCCACGAGGAGAAGCACCUUCCCAGGCUGGUGAGCCGGACGCCCGGAGGGAGCCAGAAAUACGACCACUCCUACCUCAGCAGCGUCUUGGAGAGGAAAUCCCGGAGCUACGACGAGAGCGGUGACCAUUGCGCCACCCCCUCGAAGCUGAGCUCGCAGCCCAGCCAGAGAGGAGGGGGGACGUACUAUGCCUGGUCACCACCCUCCACCUACAAAGCCGAGAAGUCGCAGCAGCAGCCGCAGCAGCCGCCGUCGUCUCAAGAGGAGGAUGAGGAGGAGGACAGCCUGCCCCCCUACAGCGAGAGGGAGCUGAGCCGGGGCCCCUCGUACAGGGCCAGGGAACAGGCCUACCUCAAUGCCUCUGACAAGAAGAGGAAAAAGGACCCCAAGAAAACAAAUGAUUUCCCAACGAGGAUGUCCCUUGUGGUUUGAAGUUGUGGACAUCUCAUGUUGGUGGGCUGGAUAUCACGAGGUGACUGCAGUGGAGAAGAUACAGAGCAACAAGCAAGACUCUGUGACCCUUUGCAGCCAUCACCUGUGGACUGUUUCAAUUGUUUGUUUCAUCAGGGGAGCAGAGCCUUUUGUAAGAGACAGACGCCCAUGAACAGCACUCGGUCUCAGAGGCUCUGGGAAUCUGCCAGGAAAAUGAGGCCAGGGCUCUCUUUGGCACCCUGUUUCCCAGUGCCCUCCAUUCUGCACUGGAAGGCAGCCACGUCCCUACUGUCCCUGCAGCCCUCCCUGCAGCCCUGAACUACAAGCGGGGAUGGCUUUGUGCCUCCUGCCCUGUCUCAUGUGCAAAGGGAGGCCUGUGCAUACCUCUUGCUGUCUGCCUCCUCAGUUCUCUGGAUCAAAAUUGUCAUCCAUACUUUAGAGCCAUCUGUGUCAUCCCCAUACUGGGACGAGGCCUUGUUCUUACAGCUGCAGACUGCCUCCAGCUGACCAGGCUCUAAAUGGGAAAGAAAACUCACAUUCCUUUCAGACACUCUAAGAAAAUAUGUUAACUUUGAUAAGGGCUGAAUGGAGAAAGACAAUUAUGAGCUGGUUUGUUCAAUAUUUAGUUCUGUUCAUUGUGUGAUGAGAGUUUCAGGUGAGAUUGAUGUAUUGUUUUGAAAGUGGGUCAAAGUAGCUUUUAUUGUGAUGAGAGCAUGAUGUGUUUUCCCCCUGUCCGCAACUGUGUUUUGUUUUGAUGCAGCUGCAUUUCCUUGCAGCUGAGCUAUGACCCUGUAGAGCUUCAAGCUAGAGUACCUACUCCACUGUACCAUAAGCAGUGCUCUAGCCUUGCUGGUGCUCUGCUUCCAGCACACCAGACAUCCCUGCAGAGUGAGUGGCCUUUUUGUUUUAAAGGAGCAAAAAGGGGACAGUCUCAGUGAGAAGGCAGCUGCAGACCUUCAGUCCUUGCUACUGGUAUCUCUCCAUUCUGGGAAUUGUUUCCAGACACUGAAGAGAGCAGUAACAGCAGUGGAAAAAGAAUUAAGCUCUGUGGAUGGACACAAGCUUUGAAAGUCACCCUUUUCACUUACAACCAAUUCAGUCACCUUGACUGGGACGGGAUUUUAGUGGCUGUUGUCUCAGGAAUAGCUGAAUUUUGAAGGAGUGCUUCACACCAUUUGGAAGCCUGACAUCCUUUUUUUCAUAGGGUAUUAUGCAGUCAUUUAUUUAGCUGCCAAAAUCAUCACGUGAAGGAAGAUGAUGGGAUCAUUUCAAGGGCCAGUAUCUUGCCCCUUAUUAUGCCUAGAAACAACUUAGUGCCCUGUUGUGUUAUGGACAUUGUCAGCUUCUGAAAUUACACCUUUAUUGUUACUCUGGGAAUUUGGGAACCUGUCUGGCCUCAGGUGCUGAUACUGGUAGUAUUGUUUUGAACACAAGGUGUAUUAAAUCACUGCAGUUCUCCAUAAAAAA